AUGGCUUCUCCGUCAAAAUCGGACCACGAUCGUCUCCACGAGGAACUGACUUCCCUGGAUCUCGCCGACCCUACGCCCUCGCCCACCUUCCACCUCUUCAGCUCGCUGCCCCCCGAGCUCCGCAUUAAGAUAUGGCGUCUCGCCGCCCCCAAACCAGCAGUCGUUGAGCGCGCCAUGAACAACUACACCAUGGCCUACGGCCUGCGCCGCCGCGUUCCCGCCCUCUUGCAAGUCUGUCGCGAAUCCCGCGCUGAGCUGCUGUACCAGGCCGACGAUCGCCGCGGUUCCCGGGACGGUCAGUUUCAGCUUCUGCACCUUUCCCGCGAGCACAAGGAAGAGGGAAAGGGCGUCUACAUAAACUGCAGCGACGACACGCUGUUAAUCUGCCGAGCACCUCAGUAUGCAGUCAUGCCGGACGCCGCCAACUUCGCCAACAUCCGGCACCUCGCGAUGGAAUGGGGCCUGCGCCCCUGCUGGGUUCAGAACCACUGCCAUGAGGGCGUGCGCUUCGUGCGCCAGUUCCCACAGCUCCGCACCCUGACCCUGCUCGUCAGCUUCAAGACUUACAAUCAGCUGCCGUUGGGCGACCCGGGCAGCAAGCACCGCGAGCAGACGCAGAAGCGCCGCGCCCUGCGCGAGAUCAAGGGCUGGGUUCUCGAGGCUUUGGCCCAGGACCGCGAGCGACGGGCCACUGAUGGGAACGCCGGCGCCUGGCCGUCGCCCGAGGUGCGUGUCGUGCCCAAGACGAAGUUCUGGACGGCGUCUGCGACGGUCUAG